GCAUUGCCAUGGUUGGUGGCACUAAAACAUUCCACUGAAAUCCCACAACAUCCCACGCUAUCAGAUACGAUGAAGGUCUGCAAAAAAGUAGCUCACUAUCCAAAUGUAACACCAUCUCUCUCCCCAAAAUAUCCGAUAACACACAACCUUGACUUCCCGAUGGGAGGACAGGAAUGGCAAUUCUCCACAACAAAGCAGCAACUUAAUGCCACAUAUCUACCAAUAUCUCACCUGUAUCACAACUCAACAUUAGGGUCAUUCAACACAUUGGCUGCCACUGACACCCCCACGCACCUUCAGAAAUUUAGAUAUUAUCAGUUGAAACAUUUCCUAAAAAUGAUUCCCAUUCCAAACGCAGGUCCCAGAUCAGAAACACACAUUGAAG